AAUACAAAAUCAGUUCGUAAACUUCUCUCAAAUAAAAUGUUCAAGUUCCAAGUUUUGGGUGUGGUGAUCUUUGCCGUGGCCGUCCAGGGGCAAGGCCAUGCUUCGUCCUAUGUCUCGUAUAGCCAGGAAGGCCAUGCGUUGACCUUAGGGGGGCUUGGGGGUGGAUAUCACCACGGUGAGGAAGAGCACCACCAGGAGCACUACCACCACCCAAAGUACCAGUACAAAUAUGGGAUUGAGGACCACCACACUGGUGAUAUUAAGUCACAGGAAGAAACCAGGGAUGGAGAUGUGGUUAAGGGUUCUUAUUCGGUGCAUGAACCCGAUGGUACCAUUCUGACGGUUCAUUACACUGCUGAUAAGCACAGUGGGUUCAAUGCUGUGGUACAUAGGGAAGGACACGCCAACCAUCCCCACCAUUUCAGCCAUCAUUAGUUAGUACUUAGUUAUUUUAUGUUUUUCAAUAAUUAAUAAAGAUUUUAUUUUUUUAAA